CCCAUCGGCCCUGGCGCCCCGGGCGGAAGAAGGCGUGAAGGUGGUUCGCUGGCUCGCAUCGCCUCUACUCUCCUAUCACCACUGACGUUAGACAACAAAAAUGGCGGCAGGAACCAGCAAUUACUGGGAAGAUCUCAGGAAACAGGCUCGACAGUUGGAAAAUGAACUUGACCUGAAACUAGUUUCCUUUAGUAAACUGUGUACGAGUUACAGUCACAGCAGUGCCCGAGAUGGAAGACGCGACAGGUAUAGUUCUGACACAACACCCCUUUUAAAUGGAUCAAGCCAAGACAGAAUGUUUGAAACAAUGGCAAUUGAGAUUGAACAGCUUUUGGCAAGGCUUACAGGAAUAAAUGAUAAAAUGGCAGAAUAUACCAACAGUGCAGGUGUCCCCUCCUUGAAUGCCGCACUGAUGCACACAUUACAGCGACAUAGAGACAUAUUGCAGGAUUAUACUCAUGAAUUCCAUAAAACCAAAGCAAACUUUAUGGCAAUACGGGAAAGGGAGAAUCUCAUGGGAUCAGUACGAAAGGAUAUUGAGUCAUAUAAAAGUGGGUCUGGGGUAAAUAAUAGAAGAACUGAACUGUUUCUGAAAGAACAUGACCACCUUCGAAACUCAGAUCGUCUGAUAGAAGAGACAAUAAGCAUUGCUAUGGCAACAAAAGAAAAUAUGACCUCACAGAGAGGAAUGUUGAAGUCAAUUCAGAGCAGAAUGAACACUUUGGCCAAUCGUUUUCCUGCUGUGAACAGCCUGAUCCAGCGGAUCAACCUUAGGAAGCGGCGAGACUCACUCAUCCUGGGUGGUGUUAUUGGGAUCUGUACCAUCCUGUUGCUGCUGUAUGCUUUCCAUUGAUGGGACAUCUCCAGGACUCUUGGCAACCACCGCUUGUGCACCCUGAUCAGGAAUAAGGAAAAGUGGGAGGGAGAAGUUGACUGUCCUGGUAAUUAGCCUGACCAGCAGGAUUAAUUCAAGACUGAUAGUGAUGGACUCUGUGACAUGGUCAGAUAAAGCUGAAGCCACGGUUUUCCUGUGCUAUCUUUUCUAACACACAUGUCCCCAUUUUUAGUUUUAAAAAAUAAAUUUUCAUUUCCUUUUGUCUCCCGGGGAGGUAAGUAAACCAAUCAGAAACAGUUCCUGUUCUUCUGUGAUAAUGUUGAAGCCUGAUGACACACUAAGUCUCACAGCUGGACUCUUCAGAAAAACCAGGUUUCUCUAUUAUUCAAAGGCUGCUUUUCUUUCAGGCCACCAGAUUGGGUUGUGAAUAAAAUAGCUCUUCUCAUUUUAUUUCACACUCACAAGAAAUCACAAGUCUUUUCUUCAUAAUCUGUACUGUAGAUUUCUACUCUGUGUCCCCCAUCCUUUUGCUAUUCAAGGAAAAUUCCGUUUUUCACAAAUUCUUUGAGAUGCUGGCAAGCCAACUUCAGCAUGGCAGAGGUUGUCAAUGGAGGACAGGUUGCAAAAGGCAUUUUUCUUUCUUUUUUCUUUUUAUUAUGAGCACACUGAGGUUAACUGUCACUUGAAAAACAUUAAGAAAUGACAGACUUUUUUUGUCAUUGUUUUGAUUUUUUUAUUUCUUCCUUUAAUAUUUGCUGCUGCAAGAAUAUGAAAUUUCAGUUUUACCAUGACAAAAGAACCAGUGCCUGUCAAUGCCCCCAAACUAGUCCUCAUCAAGUCAGGAUUAACACUGAUCCUGAGUGAGGGGACUGCUCAGUUUUCAGUGAGACCUGCUCCACAAACCACAUGGAGAAGCACGGUGAGAGGUCACCUUCCAGGUCACAUCAUUUGUAGAUGCUCCACAAUUUAUUAGAAGUUUAAGAACUACUGCUUGAUGUACUAGGAAUUCUCUGUUCCGUGAACCCGAUUCAUUCCAAACCUGUGAAACUUGCAAACAGCAAAGAAUGGUUUCACUGUUGAAGGCACGUGUGGCAGAAUGUUUCCGUCUGCACCUGACUUCUAUUGCCAUCUCUGGACAGUGACACAAUUUUCAACCAGCCACCAGAAUUCUUUUCAAGUUUAACCAUUUUCUCAGUUUUUGGAAAUUUAUUAUCUGUUUUGUGUAACUGAACUACCACAGAUGUUUGAAGACUUCCAACAUCUACCCAUCUCACCAAGAAAGAAGGUUGCUCUUCACAGUUGGAAUUUACUAUGGUAUUUAUGGGCUUCAGACUGCCAUAAGAAAGAAGAGGUUAUUUGCAUGUAAUUCUUAACGACAUCAUGAUAUGUAAAUGCUGUUGUUCAGAUGAACUUGAUAAACAGGCUGAUGGUAGACUAACACCUGGUGUGGUAGAGACUGUGGAGGGUUUUCAUUCUGGUGUCAAAGUUUUUGUUACAUUCUGAGUAUGAAGGGUAUUUGAUUUUUUUUUUUUUAAUUACGGCGUUUAUUUUUCUAAAUAUGGGUUGAUCAGUUAGUUGAUUGGGGAUGCCCUUACGAGAAAGUUAAGUUUUCCCAAUGUGAACCUUAACGGGUCAGGGAGGCACGUUCAUUGAAUUCUCUGUUGAGAGAACAAAACUUCUUUCCCCGACACUUUAUUAUCUUUGAUUUUUCAAAGGGCCUUGAUUGGUGGUUAUGCCUCAGCUAGAAUUUAUAGGGCUUUUGGUUGCUAUAUAGUAGGCAUUUAUAAAAUCUUAAGUAUCAUAAAUAAAGCUAUUUAUUUAAUUAUACUACCAGUCUUUUUUUACUGGUCUGAUUAUUUGGCACAUUCAUUAAAGCCGAUUGUGUGAGAGUAAAACUAGGACACAAGCUAAUCUAGCUUGCUACAGCUAAGCAAACAGUUUUGAUGGCUGAUGAGCCUUUCCAUUAGGGUUAUGCUUAUAUGAAGUAAUAGAAUUAUGUUGGUUAUUUUCUUUAUGAAAAUAAAGAAACCAGUUCUUCCAAGGAAGUUGAAAAAGCUUGGUAUAGAUGUUGGUGUUAGAGAGGUCUGACUAAGCUUCCGGUGCUGUAGCCCAUAAUGAGGUGAUCCAGGGCCAAAAGUAGACAGUGAGGAUAGUGCUCUCCCUUUUCUGUUACGGUUCCUGUAUUUGUGCAAAGAAACCCUCGAGCGAGGAGAUGGAGGUGCGCCAUUUUCAGGAAGGGGCUCAGUUUGGGUCCCGUAGCAGCUGAUUUGAAUGUUCAGCUUCAUGCCAUUCAACUUUUUUCUUUUUUAAAUCACCUUGCUUUUCUCCCAUAUUUUGCUGUCCUCCUUACAGUAAGUUACUUGUUUAUAUAGUCAGAACCAGAGGUCAGAAGGAAUUUUCUAUUCCUGGUCCCAAAGAAAUGUUGCCUCUUGAAGUUAUUCUCCUUCAGCCAUUGUCUUAUACAAUGGAUCUUUUCUUUUUGAAUCUUUUUAGUAAUCACUCAAAACUUUCCAUUUUACUAAACAAUAUGAAAAACCAUGGCAACAGAAAGAACAGAAAAGCCCAAAAGGUGUAUUUUUAUGAUUUUGUUUUAAUGUGUGCUGAUUACCUUAGUAAAAUGUUUAAUAAACCUGUUACUCAAAUUCAAGCCCAGAUAUUCAGGGGCUUUAGUCCGUCCAUCCUGGCAAUCUCCACACUCUGUUUUUAAAUUAUUAUUAAUGAUGCUGAAGGACUCCCUGAAGCCGCCAUUGCGUGCUGUUUUUGUGAUGUUAGAAAAGGCUUUCCUUGUUCCACUAUUCCUCUCCUUGGUACCAGAAUUCACUUUUACAGAGAAUGCCUUCUUUCAUACUGCCUGGUACUUAGAUCAGGCAAGGGAGUAAAACCCUGAGAAUGGAGGCACGUGGUGAGAGGAGACCCCAAGAGGGCCUUUUUGUACCUAAAACCAGAUAAUAGUUUGUUGGUAUUGGAUGCUGAAUACAUCUUGAAUACAAAAAUGUACUUGUUGAGCCUUUAGAUGUGAAUCAACCAAUGACUUUUGGCCUCUAGGGAAUUGAGGUGCCCUGGACUUGCAUUCCACCAUUGACUUUCUGUUUCUCAGUUCAUGACCUCAACCUGAAAGAAACGACUUUAAAAAACUGGACUAGCCCUUUUGGUUUCUAAUACCUCAUGUUUGAUCAUUAACCAGGUGUGAUUUUUGAAAAUUGAUGGAGUUUUCUAACUUGAAAUAUUAAGCUGUUGGCCAUAUCUGAUGUUCCGCUGAGAUUUGUGGCAAAUGUAACUAAAGAACAAAUGGAUUCUACUGCUCAGAAAACUAUAGUGAUGGUGUUCUGCUCUCCCUUUGCAUCAGGAGUUCUUCAGCCCAGUUUCCAGAAAGAUGCAGAGCUUUUCAUCAUGGUCUUCAUAAAUCAAUCUUGUUAUUCCUUUAUAAAUCUGCAAACCCUUAAGUUUUAUAAGGGAAAAGGAAAUGAGGAAGGAACAAGUGAAUUUUAAGGAUAAGAAGUUGAGACAAAACUGAGCCAUGUUUUGAGGGACCUUUCUCAUUUUCUUUGUACCUAAGAUCUCACUUUAGUAUCAAAAUAUUUGCAUCCAUUCCCAUUCUGGUAGGUCUUAGGGAGAGAAAUCAGUCCCAAUCACACUUUACCAUGAUGGAAGAUGUUUCCUCAUGAAGAAUGCCAAUACAGAUGUUUUUAAUCUAUUCUUUUCCAAAUGCACUUUCUAAUUUUUUGCUUUUAAAAUAGCUUCUGGAACCAAUUUUAUUGUAUUUGUACUUAAUUUUGUUCUCAUCUAAUGUGCAUUUUUCUGACUGUAUAGAAGAAGCUUUGUUAUGUAAUUUAAUAAUAAAUUAGAAAUCUAAA